UGAUGUAAACAAGGGUCCUCGCACAAAAUAGCGGAGACGAGCUACACAAUGGUAACCUGAGAAAAUACAGAAAAUAAAGAUGAAAAUACCAAAAAGAAAGCUAUUCCUUCUGAUUAUUUUCGCAUAUGUGGCAUUUUCACUCUACGCCGCGUAUAAUGUGUUCUUCAGCACCAAAGUAAUAUCCCGCGUCCACAGGGUGGUGAAGAAGGAGACAGGAGCUCCGUCGGGUGGUGUCAGAGAUGGCGGUGCUCCCUUUGUUGCGGACGAGUGGAAUCCGUGGGAGGAUGAGCAGGUGGAGUACAACUCUGCUCUGAACAAGAAGAGGGAGGCCUUCAAACAGCACCUGAGCAGGAUUGACAAGAACAAACCCAAAAGAUACAAGGUUCAGAUCUGGGGGAAAGCUGCCAUUGGGCUUUACCUUUGGGAACACAUUUUAGAUGGACCCCUCAACCCUACUGACAAGGUAGCACAAUGGCGAGAGGGCGAGCUGCAGACAGGAAAGAUUGAUUUCAGUUUCUACACAGGUCCUGCUGUGGUCCAGGGUCACGUCCCUCUGGAUAUGAACAGCCUGGUUCUGGUUCUCAAUGGUCGCGAGCAGCAGAAAGUUGCUUACUCCACACGGUGGCUAGAGCACGUCCAGACUCUGGUACAGUCCCACACAGUGUCUCAUGUUGCUGUGGUCCUGCUGGGCAAUGAGCACUGCAAGAACGAGUGGAUCAGCCCGCACUUAAAGAGGAAUGGUGGCUUUGUGGACCUGCUGUUUGUAGUGUACGACAGCCCCUGGGUCAAUGACAAGGAUGUCUUCCAGUGGCCCCUUGGCGUUGCCACAUACAGGCAGUUUCCUAUGAUCAGGCCGAAUGCCCAACUGAUUACCUCCAACCGGCCAUACCUCUGCAACUUCCUAGGAACAGUUUACAAAAAUUCCUCUAGAGAAACACUCAUGCAUGUACUUAAACAUUCUGGCCUGGAUAAGGAAUGCAUCACUGCUGCCAGAGAAAAGUGGCUCCCUCAGGAGACAGCAGACAGUCUGAGACGCUAUCAGACAGCUCUGGCCCAGAGUGAGCUCACUCUCUGUCCCGUCGGGAUCAACACCGAGUGUUACCGCAUCUACGAGGCCUGCUCUUAUGGCUCGGUGCCCGUGGUGGAAGAUGUUCUGACCCCUGGGACCUGUGCAGCGGGGCCCAGCUCCCCGCUACGUCUGCUAAAAGCUGCAGGAGCUCCCUUCAUCUUCAUCAGCGACUGGAAGGAACUGCCGGCUAUCUUGGAGCGGGAGAGAGUGAUGAGCCAGGAGCAGAGGGUGGACAGGAGGAGGAGGCUGCUGGAGUGGUACUCCGGCUUCCGUCAGCAGAUGAAGGAAAGGUUCACCGAGGUCAUCGAGGAGACUUUCUUUAAAAGCGGCUGAGCGUGGUGCUCCUAAAUAUCAACAGGGUAAACAUUCAUUCUAUUUAUUUUGUGGUUUCUGUGGAGAAAUGUGAUGUACUACUGGCAUAGUGAUCCUGGUGAUGUUCAGUGUGAUAUUCUGGUGCAGGUUAUUAUAAAACCAUUUAUGUAUGUUGUCAAAGCUGCCAUUACUAACGAGUAAAAGGCCCCGUGGCAUUAUCUGUAUUUAUCAUCUAAAUGUUUACAGUUCUCUCAAAUUUUAAGCUGCCUUUGCAUUUUAAAGCUCACGUUUUACUUUAAGUAUGUUUUAUAUCUGUGUUUUUACUUACUUCAAAUUGUGAUUUUUAGAAAACACUAAACAUUACGUGUAGAAUGAGAUGAAAAUGUGUUUUUAGGCCUUUGAAAACGGUGCAUACUCUAAAUAUAUUUUGUAUUGUGAGUAGCUUGCAAAUGGAUGUGGUUGGUGUGACAUGUCUUGCUUUUUUCUGGUUAAAACCUAAUAAAAGAAAGCGUUUUUGUUCUAUUUAUUUCAGUGCUGUGCUGCAUGGGUUCUUGUUUUUCUCAGACGGUGCAAUAAAAUAAAAUGGGAUGUUGUCAACAGAAA